AUGGGUGUCUUUGGAUCAAAUCAGUGUUCUCGAACUGGAGGCAGUCUUUGUUGGCAGUUGUCUGAGAAUCAACCAGUAGAAUAUCAAUCGUCCGUUUGUUGGUGCCCACCGCUCUUCCAAAGCUCGAAAAUAAGAGGCAUCCACUUAGCAAUUGCAGACUCCGGGAUUCGCCGCUCCCGUGCCCGUCAACAUGAAAAGCCAACACGGCCACCAAGCAUCCCGCAUAUGGAUUGCAGAGCAUAUCGAGGCAAGACGUUUCACUACACCAAGAAAAAAGCAAUAUUUACCGACUUCAGUACCAUCAAUUCGGCUGCGUGA